AUGUGACACUGAAGAAAAGAAGGAUGAAGAAGAUAGCACACUGAGUGAAGGCAAAGCAGAGAUUGCUAUUUCACUGCAAAGAGACUUGCUUACUCAGUGCGGAAUCCAAGCUUCCAUUAUCGGAAUUAUUACCCCAUAUGUUAUGCAAGUAUUAAGGAACAUACCUAGCUAAUAGAGCUGUAUUACUAAAGAUGUUGAGAAGCAAUGAGAACAGACUAAAGGACAUAUCAACUGUGAAUGUAGCUUCUUCUUGGUCCCCAUCCCCACUUGGCCACUUCAUACAAGUAAAUGCAAGACGGAUACUUCUUAUUGUUCUAGAAGUGGCAGAUUGGUCUACCGGUGGUUAUGAGGGAUGCUGGAGGACAGGUUAUUAAUUGGCAUAGCCAUUCAAUAUUGAGCCUUAUCUGCCCUGGUAGAAGGGGCAUUAGCUCUGUCUUACAGUGGGAAGGGCAAUGGCAAAUGGUUUUUCAAGAGUCAUUUUUGAAGCAGGAAAAGUUAGCUUUGCAAAUUGCUCCUGUUGUGGGAUCAAUAUGGUGUACUUUGCUAUCAACUUUUGAACGGUUUGAUUUUGUGUGUGCCUGGAAUAGUUAACAAAGCUACUUAAUUGGUUUGCUCCUGGGGGCACUGUCUGUCUGUGGAAUUGCGAAAAUUAUUGUAUGUAGAUGUUGCUCAUUGCUAAUGAAAGUUAGGCCUUUUG